AGAGCCUGACGUGGGGCUCGAACUCGCAGACCGCGAGAUCGUGACCUGGCUGAAGUCGGACGCUUAACCGACUGCGCCACCCAGGCGCCCCCUAACCUUCAGUAUUUUAAUUAAAAUGCUUACUAAAGCCAUAUAACUUACUAGGAAAUCAUACGAUAUUUUCAAAGACUCCCCAGUGCUGCCUAAGCAAAUAAAUGUUUCUGUUCUUCAGUAUGUUCUAGAUAAGCAUUUCAUACAACAAAAUUACUGAUGUUAAAAUUGAAGUUGUCCAAUUCAUGAGGUUUCUGGUUUUGUGUUUUUAAAAUUAUUUUAAAUAUUUUUUAUUCUUUAAUUCUUAAAAUCAUUUAAAGACUUACAUUGCCACUGGGUGGCAGCCCUGGCUUUUCCCACUAAGUAACAGGAGUCUGCAAAUAUAAUUAAGACAUGGAUGUACAAUAUUUCAUUUUCAUCACAUCUGCUUUUAAAAGCUUUUCAGUUCAUAUUUCAUUAUCUUUGUCAGUCUCCCUUUUUUAUUAAGAUUAUUAGUGGACAAGUGUAAUGGAAAUAAAAGUCAUGUAUACAUACCUUUUUUGCUAUAAAAUCACUUGAAGUUGAGAAUAGUUUUAAAGUGGUUAUAAAUAUGACUAGGUAGUAAACAACUUUUUAUUUAAUUUUAAACAUUUGACAAUGCUUUCUUUUUCUCCAUUUUCCCCCAGUCUUUUUUUUUUUUUUUAAAUCAAUUAAUACUUUGUAUCACAGUCACCAACUAUUUAUAGCAAACUCUGCUGAGGUUAUAUUAAGGAUUUUGAGAAAGCAGCUAGGAAUGGAGUAACAGUGGAAGUAGAUUGCACAUUUCUGUGCCACAGUUAGAUUUAUAAUAACUAGAGAGUUCCCAGAUAGCCCCUAUGACCAUGUUAACAAGCACUGCGUUUACUCAUCUUCAGCUCAUCAGAGUUGGGCAUCUGAUUGUUCAACAAAACAGAGCUUGAACAGCAUCCAGUAGGUGAGGCAGGCAGAGCAGGCUGUAUAACUCUUCCCAUUUGUCAAAGCAGACAAGAGAAAACCUGUUCCACACAGAUACAAAAGGUAUCAUCAUUCAUCUUUUCUUUUUCUGUUGCCACAUUUUUCUUCUUUCAAGUCCUAUAGUUUCUCAAGACCAGGUGGAUUUGCACCAGGUGGCCUGCAAAUGCCAGGGAGAUGAUGAGCCAAUAAUAUCUAUCAUGUGCUCUUGUUAUUAUGGGAUGAAAACCUCACUGGGAACUGUGGAAUUUUGUACUUAAAUGUUUUUAUCAGUUUUUUAAAAGUCUUAAACCGGUCUUUACAUCAAUGGCUAUUUUUAUAAGCAUGAAUUUUAUUUGGAGCAAUUUUAAGAAGAAGGAAAAAAACCUUAGAAAACAUGUACAUAGCUAGCUAGUAGCAGGACUUUAUUGGAAACCAGGUUUCCUUAUUCCCAGCCUGGUACAUCCUGUAUCAUACCACACUGCCCUCUGUGUGCUUGCUUUAGACUAAGGAGAGUUCUGGGAAGAGCAGUAUUACAGAAAUUUUCUUCCACAUAGAAGGAGACACUUGGCCAUCAAUUUAAACACAGAUAACACACACACAUAACCCUGCCCAACCCACUUCUAUAAAUAACUUCUCCAAAAUCUUGGAAGAACUUAUUUCAGAACUUUAUAUAAGUUCAAUAAUGAAUAGCUUUUUGCAGUAGCUGUUAAUUGGUCAUAAGUUGUUAGGAUUCAGCUGGAUAUAUAUGAACACAUAUAAUGUAUCUUUUACUAUGAACAGUAACACAGGUGCGUAGCAUAAUUCAAGACAGUGUCACAGGUGUAUCACUGAAAACAGGAAGACUAAUCCAUUGCUAUUGCUGGAAGAAAGGCCUAGCAGACGAGUAACUUGGGUUGUUAGGAAAAGACCAUCCUUCUAGAUCUGUGGCACAUAAAUAAUCUCCAGCUUUAAUGCUCUCAUUCUGUCAUCUAAUCCAGAGAUUGCAAAGAAGUAGGGGCCCUACUGUCAGCUUAAGUACUUUUGUGAGAAUUAGGAAACCUCUUUCCCCUGCCCCUCAAUGCAAGCCCAGCCUUUUUCCUUGUUGAAAAGUCCCAAAUUUCAUCACUACCCCUUUCCCACAUCUUGGGCAGGUGCCCUGUUCAGGGUACAGCCAAAUAGGAAUACAGCCCACACAGUGCUUUAAAAAGUCAUUGUUAACAUUUAAAAAUUGGGGAAUUUCACAUAAAAUUCAGAAUUCUGGUUUACCUUGAAUAAUAAGCUGGCAAUCCUAGAGUUGAAUUCCCACAAGGUGACUAUUGGAUAGAACCUAAUGUGAAUGGUCCCCUUAUGUUUACUGAUGUACAUGGUAAAAAACAAACCCCCCCCCAAAACUCUAAUAAUCUACUUCCCAACCUUUACCCCCCCCACCCCCGUUCAUGUUUCCAAAUGUAGUUUUUGUUAGACCCUAUCUUUCCUGUAACAUGGAUUUUUUUGGUUUAGAAUCUGGAAACAUUUUCCAGAAACACCUCAGAUGCAAUGUCCAAAUAAAUUAGAAAUGUAGUAUUACAACAUGCUUUAACUUACUCAUCUUUAAUAUCAUGGUUUUAAAACUGUAGUCAUUUCUUCCUUAAAGGACAUUUGAUACAAGAGAAAUGACAUCUUCAUUUUAUGUUCUGAAGAGCAUCCAGUGGACUUUUUUAAAAAAAUACAACAUUACUGCUAGGGAAAACCAUUAUUUGAUUCUACUCUGGGCAAGUAGGAAGCUUCUGUGUUCUCAUAAGCUGGUUCUAUUGGUUCAGCAAGUUUAUCUGAUUCAACUCUCUCAUCUUCUAAACACGUGCAGACCAGUAUGCUAUGCAUAUUCCACACCCUAAUUUCUUGUUGUUACAGGACCUAAACCAAGUGACCAAGGAACCGAAAUACAUUUUUCUAGUUUACUAACGAGAUGUUCUUUUGAUCUGAAAGUGUACACCGUUUGCCAAGACUUUUUUGUUUAAGGAGUAGAACCUAAAAUGAAAUUGUGAGAUUUUGAAGGACAGAAGGAGUUUCAAUUAUAAUUGGCCGUGUUCAUAGAGGUAAAUGUUUUAAGCCAAAGUGCCCUUUUAAAAAUGUUUGUUGGCCAGAACACUUUCAUUAUCAAAUAUUUCAGAAUUGGCCUGUUGCCUACAGUGGCAUAGCACGUUUAAUUUACCUACCGGUCUAACUUGUUUUUAAAUGUUUCUCUCAAAUUACUUUUUAAGCUGUUUUUAAAACUAGGUAAAGCUGGACUCAGCGUUUUGUAAUGUUGCUAAUUUUGUUUGUAGUUAUAACCACAGAAGAUAAAAAGAGUAGCCAAUUUCCUUUAUUUCAUGUUUUCUGGUACCUUUUGGAAUCAUAAUGACUGAAGUAGGAAAACAUAAAUAGACAAAAUGGACAUCUAAGAUACUAAUUUGAAGCUGUGACAUUCCCCUGAUAUGAGUCCAAGUGUCAGCCUGUCUAACUACCUCAAUCCCAGAUGGAGUGGCCAUCCUGCCUGCCCCUCAGAACCUCUCUGUACAAUCAACCAACAUGAAGCAUCUCUUGACAUGGAGCCCAGUGACGGUGCCUGGAGAAAUAAUAUACUAUUUCGUCGAGUACCAGGGAGAGUACGAGAGCCUGUACAUGAGCCACGUCUGGAUCCCCAGCAGCUGGUGCUCACCCACCAAAGGUCCUGAGUGUGACAUCACUGAUGACAUCACUGCCACUGUGCCGUACAAUCUCCGUGUCAGGGCCACCCAGGGCUCAGAGACCUCAGCCUGGAGCACCCUGAAGCCUCCCUUCAAUCGAAAUUCAACCAUCCUUACCCCACCUGGGAUGGAUGUCACCAAGGACGGCUUCCAUCUGGUUAUUAAGCUGGAAGACCUGGGGUCCCAGUUUGAGUUCCUUGUGGCUUACUGGAGGAGGGAGCCUGGUGCCAAGGAACAUGUCAAAGUAGUGAGGAGCAGGGGCAUUCCGGUGCACCUGGAAGCCAUGGAACCAGGGGCUGCAUACUGUGUGAAGGUCCAGACAUUCGUGAAGGCCAUCGGGAGACACAGCCCUUUCAGCCAGGCAGAAUGUGUCAAGGUGCAAGGAGAGACCCUCCCCCUGGCGCUGGCCCUGUUUGGGUUUGUUGGCUUCAUGCUGAUCCUCGUGGUUGUGCCCCUUUCCAUCUGGAAAAUGGGCCGGCUGCUCCGGCACUCCUGUUGCCCCGUGGUGGUGCUUCCCGACACCUUGAAAAUAACCAAUUCACCCCAGAAGUUAAUCAGCUGCAGGAGGGAAGAGGUGGAAGCCUGUGCCACUGCUAUGCUGUCUUCGGAGGAACCCUUCAGGACCUGGAUCUAGGCAGGCUUUGGAAGGGCCCAGUUGAAACUGAGAAGCUGGUUGGCAUGGCACAGAAAUAAGGAAGGGAAAGGCUGUGGAUCAGUUUUCCUCCAUGGACAAAGGACAAGAAAAGCAAGAAGAGCCUGCUGGGUCCAUGUCUAGAAGCAACUGUCAGAAGCAGAGUGGUUUGGCAGACAGAGCACUGAGUUGGGGUGAGAAGACGUGGCCUCUUAGAACUGGAUCUGUCUGCCAUUCACUGACUGAAUGACCUGGAGAAAGUGACUUGAAAUGGGGGAAUUCACUAUACAACCGUUAAACCACUAUAUAUAUAUAUAUAUAUAUAUAUAUGUGUGUAUAUGAAUAUCCAGCACUUGCAGAGCUUUGGGAAGCUGGCAACACUGUACAUUGUGAUUGUUUCACCUUCUCUGCAGAAUAUAACAAGAGUAUAACAAGAAUGAUAAAAACUCUUCACAACGGCUGGCUUGGAGAUCCCACUUUCCUAGAGGAAACCUUGAAGAGGAAAGGAAGGAUGGGCACAACAGUGUUGACUUCGCUUCCAGCCAAAUGCCUGUGCGGAGGUGAAUGGCUCAGCCAGCUCUACAAUACAUGACCUAGAGGGAGACCCCAGGCCCAUGGAAAAUGGGAUGCUGUGGAUUCAUGAGAUACUGUAAAGAGUAAAUAAUGUGUGCAUACUAAAGGCAGGCAAAAUGUACAUGUACGAGGAGAGGAGAAUGCAGGAGGAUGUCAAUAAUCUGUGAUGUUUGCUGUGUUCCCUUUACCUGUAGAGUUGUUAAAGUAUAGAAUUAAAAAUAAAAAAGGGUCACCUUGGUAAUCUUUUUGGCUUCUUCCAAAAAAUGGUCUUUGGGGUUCUAGCUACAUUAUCGACCUUGUGUCCACAGAGGCUCCUGAAGACCACCGUUGGUCAUGAGUUGUGGGGGUGACCUCAGGUAGGGGAUGGGACAGGGAAGGAGAGCAGACAGCUUCUGGCUUCAUGAGAACCCUGACUGAUGCAGCCGGCCACAGCUUUACCUGGUCAGGGUGAUCCUGGAUCUUCCUGGAGGCCUUGCUCUACAGGAAAUCCCUUUGGGUACCUCUCCUGUCUAAGACAGCUUCACUCAAGGUGUCCUCAGCCCCUUCCAGCAUGUUCAUCCAUGACUCACCUCUGGAAGCCUCUUCCUGCCCUUCUCCCUACUAGGCGAGGAAAAGAGUCAGGGUUAGAGAAGGAAUAAAGAGGGACGUUUCUUGAGAAGUAAAAGGUUUGAUGGGCAAGACCCAUGCCUCCCUUCUUAGGCCCCACCCCCUCCCAGCUUUGGAGCCUCAGAGCUGGUUUGUCUCCAUGCCAAAUUCUUGGGUGCCUUCCAGCCAGCCCAGAGGUGGGGACAAUCUAACUGUUUCAACCAGAUAGUUUCCCCUACAAGAUAGAGGUCUACAACCCCCUCUCCACCCGGUGGGGUCUCAAGUAGCUAGAGGUGGACUCUCCAGAAAGAUGACAUUACAGAAGAUCUUUUCCUUUGUACCAUUUAUAUGCUUCUGUGUUGUUUGACUCUUUCAUGAAGAGUAUGGGUUGAUUUUAUAUUUAGCCUGAAUUGGAGACAUAUUUUCAGUUUGUAAAAAUAAAGGCCAUCUUACUCUACUGG